ACUAUCGCUGUUUGUCAUUCUCGUUACACUGCCGAGGAAAGGCCACUUUAGGUUCAGGAAGAUUUUCGAAAGAAAUUUCUUCAAGAAUAUUCUUUUUUUGUUGGGGUAUUCCAUAACCUCGAGCGUAUCCGGAUCGUUCGUUUGUGAACCCGUGAUUUUCGUUGUCAUUGCUGCUAGGCUUAAGAAUUUCCGGUGCUUUUUAUCUCAGUUUUGCUUGGAAUCUAUCGGAUUGACCACAUAACGAAUAAGAUUGAUUGGUUCCUGUUGGCUUCUAUCAAUUAGUAAGAAAAGCAAAAGUGCCAGAGUAAAAUCAAGAUGGUGAAAAGAAAGACUCAACCAUUGAUCGAUUCAGAUAGCAGCAGUGACUCCGAUUCCGGAUCCGAUUUAGAUUCCGAACUACUGUCAUUAGCAAAAAAGAAGAAAACUCGUUUGUCAUCGAAUUCCCCUGGAAAAUCAUCCGAAUCUGACUCGGAAAACGAUUCCGAGUCAGAUUCGGCACCACAGCGUAAGAAGCGUAACGCGAAACCAACUUCAUCGUCGGAAUCCGAGCCCGAAGAAGGAGAAGCCGAUUCGGAACCCGACGAGGAAGAAGAUGAAAACAAACAAGUGUCCACAUCGCGUGGUGCUCAAAAGCGCAAGUCAUCGGAAGAGGAAGACGAGGCCGAAAAAUCGGAACUGGAAGAAGGUCAGAUUUCCUCCGAUGACGAAUCCAGAUCAGGCUCCGGUGACGACAGUGAUGAUGAAAGUGGUAGCAGCAGUAGCAGCGGAGAGUCGGAAUUCGAUGACGGGUACGACGACAACCUGAUGGGUGACGAUGCCGAUCGGGCAAGAUUGAAUGCUUUGUCCGAGAAGGAGCGAGAGACGGAAAUUUUCAAACGUAUCGAAAGACGUGAUGUCAUGAAGACUCGCUGGGAGAUCGAACGAAAAUUGAAACUUGCCAAAAAAGCGGAACGUGCGAAGGAUAAGGAAUCGCAGCCACCAAAAAAGAAAAAAAAGAAGGACCGAAAGAAGAAGUUAGCUGAACAAAAGGAGCAUGAAGAGAAGAAAAAGACUAAAGAACCUUCUCCAGAGCCCGAAGUUGUUCCUGUACAACCACAACCAGAAAAACUUGCACCCGAACCGGAAGCUGGCGAUGAAAGUCCACUCUCAUCCCCAGACAAGUCCCGGGAAAUGGACGAUGCUUCCGGGGCAUCCGAUUAUUUCGAUCCAAAAGAACGAUCGAAGGAGCGCAAGAAAAACGUGGAGGCCAACCGCACUGAUGACAAGCGAAGCAAUGCUAUGGCCAUGCUGAAAGCAAAACGCGAAGGCAAAGCAAAACGAGAAGAGGAGGAAGCGAAACGGGAAGCCCAGCGUAAGGCAGAAACCGAUGACAAAGACGAGCUGGAAGAUGUUCCCGGAGGAAAGUCAUCGCAAAAACUGAAAGCAUCCGAUAUUUACUCGGAUGAUUCCGGUAGUGAAAGCGAAGAGGAGAAAAAAUCCACGGAUCGUCCGUCUCGUUCUGGAUCAAGCAGUGGAAGCGCAAGCGAAAGUCGUUCCUCGUCGGAUAGUGAAGCGGACUGGGAUGCAAAAGAGAAAAAGAGUUCUUCCAGUUCUAGUUCCAGUAAAAAACCGACCGCCAUCAGUACUCGCGAUGAACUGAACAAACUGAGAAUCUCGCGCCAUAAAAUCGAACGGUUCAUAAAUUUGCCUAUGUUCGAUCAGGUCGUGCUGAAUUGCUUCGUGCGAAUCAACAUUGGAAAUAACAACGGCAGACCGGUUUAUCGGGUGGCCGAAAUCGUUGGAGUUGUUGAGACAGCUAAAAUUUAUCAUCUCGGCAAGGGUCGCACCAACAAAGGAUUCCGAUUGAAGCAUGGUAGUCAAGAACGCGUUUUCCGUUUGGAAUUUAUCUCGAACCAAGAUUUUACGGACAGUGAGUAUCAGAAGUGGCUGACUGUUUGUGAAGCGACCGGAACGCCCUUACCCCAGGCGGACAUGAUCGAUAAGAAGCAAAGAGAAAUCAAAGACGCAGUGACGUACGAGUUCAAAGAUGCGGACAUUGAUAAGAUUAUCGAGGAAAAGAAUCGCUUCCGACCUCAUCCUACAAAUUAUGCCAUGAAGAAAACGCUACUAAUGAAAGAACGUGAUGCUGCGCAGUUGCGAGGCGAGGACGAACUGGCUCGUGAUCUGAACAUCCAAAUUCAGGAACUAGAGGAGCGUGCCAGUACACUAGACAAGAAACGUAGCAGCAGUAUUAGUUUGAUCUCUUACAUAAACGAUCGAAACCGAAAGCGUAACGUGGAGGAUGCCGAGAAGGCCAUCAUGGAGGAGGUUCGGGCUAACCGGGGUGUCAAGAUUGAAGACCCGUUUACCCGUCGUCAAACACAGCCUCGGAUGUCGUUCAAAGCGUCAGAUAAGCGGGAAGAAACCCCAUCGAUUCAGAUGCCAGCUCCACCACCCCCCGGUCAGAAGAAGAAGCCAGACGAAAAAAAGGCUUCGUCCAGUGCAGACAACAAUUUGUACUCGUUGCAUGAUUUUGAGAUUGAUUUGGAUGUUCCUUUGCCCAUCAGCUCGGUCAAUGUACUUCCAAAGCCGGUGGAAAAACAGGUCAAGGAAAAUGGCCCGAAGCGCUCGCUGAAUCUGGAAGACUACAAGAAAAAGCGAGGUUUAAUAUAAAAAAAAAACGAUGCGCCGUUUGCAAGCAAUUACUAGUAAUAUGUAGAUGUAUUAGCAACCGAAGUAAGUGCUAUGUUAGAACGCUUACUGAAAAGGAAUCACAUCAACAUUCAAUGAAGCACACACAAGGCCACCUCUUGAACUGCACUAGGUUGAAUAUUAUCUAGCCGGUUCACGAUUCUUGUGACCUUUUCAACUGGGUAGCAAUUUAAAUUGUGCGUUGCUUUAAAAUGACAGAAGAAACUCGUUCGGUUGUGUGUGUAUAUUUUGAUUUUGCCUUCCGUCAACAAUAUUUUAGCUUAGGUUGGACUUUUUUUCUGUUAGCAAUUACUAUUUGUGCUCAUAUUCACAGCAACUAAUGAUGAAUGUUGGAUUGAGUUAUUCAAGCGAGAGAAUUGGCCAGAGAGCAUAAGUAUACUUAGACCGUCUUCUAAUUUAAUUUAUUUGUGUCAUCCUAUUUUACAAUACCGAUGAUUAUAGUUAUGUAGGAUAAUCAAAUUGAUACUGCAAACCGUUGUAAGCGCAUUACAAGAAAAAAAUCUUACUGAACGAUCAAAUAAAACAUGAAUUGUUAAAAUUCAAACCUGA